AUGUCGCCGGAAAACGGAAUUUAUUCUCCGGAUUCGGAAUAUCACGGCGGCCUGAAGACGGACCUCAGCUUGGCCCCGCCGGGCUGCGCCGCCGCACAGGCGCCGAGGCCUCCCGCCAAGCGCGGUUAUGCCGAGACCGUUGAUCUGGAUCUGGGUACGACCGCCGAGGUUGAUGCUAGUGUUGUUACACAUAAAUCCUCUUCCAAGGCUCAGGUUGUGGGAUGGCCACCGGUGGGAUCAUAUAGAAAGAACAUGAUGAAAGGUUGCAAGUUCGUGAAGGUGGCUGUGGAUGGAGCUCCAUAUCUUAGAAAAAUCGAUCUCGAAAGCUGCACUGGCUACAAGGACUUAUUAGCUGCUUUCGAGGAUAUGUUUGUGUGCCUAAACACACGCGAUGUAAUGAAUGAGAAGAAAGUCAUGGAUUGUGCAAAUGCUGCACGAUAUGUGCCGACGUAUGAGGACAGAGAUGGGGAUUGGAUGUUGGUUGGAGAUGUUCCUUGGAAGUGA